GCACAUCUUGACCGACUCAGAAGGAAGGUCGGAUUUCUUCGUGUUUAAAGAAAAGAAAAAUGUCCUCGUGUCUGUAGAGAUGAUUUGCAGUUCAGCCCGGCUGAAGCUGAGCGAAUGAGACUAUGGGCUGUGCCUCCGCCAAGCAUGUUGCCACUGUUCAAAAUGAAGAGGAAGCCCAGAAAGGGAAAAACUACCAGAACGGAGAUGUGUUUGGCGAUGAGUAUAGGAUCAAACCGGUGGAAGAGGUCAAAUACAUGAAAAACGGGGCAGAAGAGGAGCAGAAAAUAGCAGCCAGGAACCAAGAAAACUUGGAAAAAAGUGCCAGUUCCAACACAAGACUCAAAACGAAUAAAGAGAUUCCAGGAUUAGUUCAUCAACCCAGAGCCAACAUGCAUAUCUCCGAGAGCCAACAGGAAUUCUUCAGAAUGCUGGAUGAAAAAAUCGAAAAGGGUCGAGAUUACUGCUCGGAAGAAGAGGACAUCACAUAGCACCCAUCUUCCACUCACCCCAGGAGCUACUACUGUGUAAAUAGGUUGCACCCAGUUGAAAUCUUUGCAGAGGUCGGUCCUCCUCAAGGAGCAGCGCCAUAGGAAAGGAUCGUUCCAUAUCGUAUGCCCCAUUCAGUUACAGUGUUUCCUAAUGAACUUGCAGAGGGAUAUUGCUAAAAACAAACAACACAACUGUCAUUGAACUUUCUUUGUUGCUGCUAGUUAAAACUUGUUGCAACUUCUCACUUCUCUUGUGUCCAGGUGUGCAGCAAAACUCUGCGAUUUCACCUUAAAGAUACCGUUUGUUUUACAGAGGCUCUCCAACCUAUUUUCUAUAAGAUGAGGUAGUGGUGAAGUCAGAUAUCAAACUUCUAUUCUAGAGCGGUCCGCUUCUCCGCGCUUCCUUCCCCCUCUCCUUCCUUCUUCCCUGUCUCUCCCAGAGCGGUUCAGAGCCUUGCUUCUCACGGGCCAUGUUGCGCUUUGGAGGUGGGGUGGUUGCUAUGGCAAGCCUCGUUUCUCUGCCAAGAAGAAGUAGAGAAGCUCUUACUGAUUAAACGCAUGUUGUGACCUGAGUCCUGGAAGUGACCCGGGUGUGCGCAGCAGGGUGUCAUGUAUCGGGUGACCGAAUCAAGGAUUAAGCUUGCAACGUUGGCUUUGCUCGGAUGCAGACGGGGGGGUGUGAUCACAAUCAUUUCAAAUCCCUCUUCCCCACUUUUUUUUUUUCUAAGAAAAUAAACAUUUUACUGUUUUUAUG